CACACUUGCACAGCACAAGGAGGGGGAACAAGGACGUUGCGAGCCUAACUCACUUUCCCAGCUGUUGGUGUCGGCCGCACGCUACACGCCGCUCGCCAGUGUGUAUUCAGUCGGUGUGCAAGUGUGUCAGUCAGUGAGCAGUGAGCAGUGAGCAGCGACAUGGUUGUGCCUGCUACCAACACAAAUGUCUCCGGCAAAACAAUGCGAAUCGCCAAGAUCCUGGCGCGGCGGAAAACAGAAGAAGAGGAGGGUAAUGAUGGUGGGACCAAGCUGAAGAGAGUUCUGGGACUGGCAGACCUCACGAUGUUGGGUGUGGGCAGCACUCUGGGACUGGGAGUGUAUGUGUUAGCUGGGGCUGUAGCCAAGACUGAUGCUGGGCCUGCAGUUACAAUAUCUUUCCUCAUUGCUGCAGUAGCUUCAGCUUUUGCAGGUCUCUGCUACGCUGAGUUUGCAGCAAGAGUACCGAAAGCUGGCUCAGCCUACGUCUACAGUUAUGUUACAGUCGGUGAACUUGCAGCCUUCAUCAUCGGAUGGAAUCUCAUCUUAGAAUACGUAAUUGGCACGGCCAGUGUGGCCCGAGGUCUCAGCAACUACAUCGACUCUCUGUUUGACAAAGUGAUGAGCAACGCCCUCACGGAGGCGAUGCCUAUCGGAGUGUCCUGGCUCAGCCCGUACCCGGAUUUUCUCUCCUGUGGAUUCAUCCUGGUUUUGGCACUUCUCCUGGCAUGGGGUGUUAAAGAGUCCUCCUUCCUCAACAAUGUAUUCACAGCUGUCAACCUCUGCACUGUGGCUCUAGUGGUCAUCGUGGGUGCUUUCUAUAUCAAUGUUCAGAACUGGGCUCUGGACCCUGAUGCAGCCCCGGAUAAAGAUGGCAGUGGAAAAGUGGUCAAGGCAGGAAUGGGAGGGUUCAUGCCGUUUGGGGUCUCUGGAAUCAUGGCCGGAGCUGCCAAGUGCUUCUACGGUUUUGUAGGAUUCGACUGCGUAGCAACUACAGGUGAAGAGGCAAAAAACCCUAAACGAGACAUUCCACUCUCUAUAAUCAUUUCUCUGCUCAUCAUUUUCCUGGCUUACUUCAGCAUUGCCAGUGUGAUGACACUUAUGUGGCCCUACUAUCUGCAGGAUGAAGCUGCUCCUAUCCCGUACGUGUUUGGAGAGAUCGGUCAGCCUGUCGUGAAGUUGAUUGUUUCCGUCGGAGCUAUAUUUGCUCUGUGUACCAGUGUGAUCGGGUCUCAGUUUGCCAUACCCAGAAUGCUCUACGCCAUGUCAUACGAUGGACUCCUCAUCGCCUCCUUCGCCAAAGUGAGCGUCAAGCGGCAGACUCCUGUCAUCGCUACCAUGUUCGGGGGUGCCGUUGCAGGUAUAAUGGCGGCAGUGUUCAACCUGGAUCAGCUGAUAGACAUGAUGUCAAUAGGAACUCUGCUGGCUUACACUAUAGUAGCCAUCUGCGUCCUGGUACUUAGGUACCGAGAUCCGAACCCAGUGAUGUAUGAGGUACCGAUGGUGGAACGAUCAAAUGGGAACUCAGCAAGGCCUGAAAUUCAAGCUUCGACAAUAUCCUCUCUCAAAGACAUCUUUAACCUCUCUAUGAUGAAGUAUCCAAGCAGAACUUCUGAGAUGAUUUCCUACUGGGCCCUUGCUUCUUACAUUGUCCUGUCAGCGGUGUUCUGCAUCACCUUGGUGAAUGUGGAGGAUUUUCUGGCCAACGGCACAGUUUGGGCGAUUACAGUCGUCUCAGUCCUGGCCCUCUGCAUGGUGAUCAUCCUGCUCAUCCUUCACAGGCAGCCUCAGGCUCAAGAGAAUCUCAACUUCAAGGUUCCUCUUCUCCCGCUGAUUCCAUGCCUCAGCAUUUGCAUCAACCUGUACCUUAUGGCCAAACUGGACAUUCACACAUGGAUACGGUUCGGCAUCUGGCUCUUUGUUGGGAUGCUGAUCUACAUAUUCUACAGUAUACCCAACAGUAUGGAGGGAAUCAAGGCGAAACAAGCCAAGGCGGAGUCCAAAAGCCAGAACAAAUCUUCGACACGGGAAAAUGCCAAGAUAUAGCCUUUAACUUGUACUUAGCUUGCCUUUACUUUGUAAAUAUCAACUUGUCUGUGAGAGUACCAGUGCUUGUACAUAAUAAGUAGUUUUGUAAAUAAACAGUAAACAAUGUGAUAGUCCUAGUGUUAAGUUGUUCCCUCGUAAUUUUACGCUUGCAAAGUGCAAUUUUAAAAUUAGAUUUAUCAAACAGUAUCUGUUUUAACCGUAGUGUGACCUAGAUGCCGUUGCUGACUAGUUCUGCUGUUAAAUAAUUUGUAUUAGGUACUGUUCACAAAUUAUAGUAGACUUAUAAUUUAAUAUAAACUGAAAUCAUUGUACAACGUUUUACAUAAACACUUCUUAUUCAGACAAAACUGGCACAAUGUAAAGCAAUAUCGUACCACUCAGUUCAAAAUUGAAAUGUACAGUUCUACCUCAUGUCUAUUAAUAAUAUGCUUGAAACCUGAUGAAACCUUUUACAAACAAUGAAAAUUUAUGGAAGUUAUUUCUAAGUAAUCUUUGAUGUAUAUGGGACAUGUUGUUAAGGUAACUACUGUUUGAAAUAUGCCCUUUGCAAUGCUACAAAGGGCAGUAGCUUGUACAUGCUGUACCUUCCUGUGUUUGGAAGCUACAGAUCAUACUGAUUGAGAUCUUCUUUACUAUGAAAUUCAUGAGUUGUGAUUCAUUUUUCUGGUUCUAAAGGUAUUAAAGCAGCCAAAAUUUUGCCAUUAAAUCAAUGAAUUUUAUUGUAAAAAUACCAUAAUCAGAAUUAUACGGAAUGAAAUGGGUAGAGCUUUUAAAGAUUGCCACAAAAAAAUUAAUAAUGAGGAAUUCAAUUGUCAUUUUUGAAGAUCUGGUACAGAAAUUUAUAAAAAAAAUAAAGAACAUAUGCAUUCUAAUUUCAUUACAAUUUGAUGUGUUUCUUCAAGUGUCGGAACUUUCAGAGGUGUCUAUGGAAUUGUCAUUAAGUAUUUAACAUGUUCACAAUAUGUAUCCGAUUGGAUACACACUGGGCUUUCGUAAAUGUUUUUGUGCACAUACUUUUCUCUUAUAGUUAGACAUUUAACUUUUUUUUAAUCAAUGACAGUUUUUGAUUAUUAUUAAAAAUUUUGACAGCAUAUAAAAAAUUCCGAAAAUUAGCCGUCGUCGUGAAUGUGUUAAAUGAUCAAAAGUUUAUAGUUUAUGCUGGUUAUCAAACUUAUUGAAUGAACUGCAGAAAAGACACAUUUAGUCAGUAAUCUUUCAAACUCGAGAUCUCAUUGUAUCCUUGGGAAUAACCAUCUCCCUUUCAUACAGUGAAAAUUUAGAGAUUAGUGACUACCAGCUGUUUGUGCUGUGUUUUGAAGUCAGCAUGAUGACGAUAAGCUGAAAACAAUCUUGUUUCAGUGGCAACCAAACACAUGAUGAACUUGUAAAAGGUGGGAUUCUAAAGUUGGUUGUACAAUUUGACAAGUGCCUCUAUGAGUGGACGUAUAUAGAAGAGUAGAUUAAGAAACAGGUUUUCAAGUCAAAAUAAAACUGUUCAAAUUAUUAAAAAUAUUACAAAAUGGUAUUUACUGUAAGACCUGUCUCAUAUCUCAUUCAGUCUCAUAUAAUUUGGGAUAUACUACUUAAGAUUUUAGGUAAGUAAAUCAAUUUAUAGCCCUGAGAGUAACCUAUUGAAAUCAAUCAAAUUUUUGAUCUGUUUAGUGUUUAUUUAGCUAUCCAUAUUUCAUCUUAUAACAUCAAAUAUAGCAAUUAUGUAUUUAGGUUAGCACCUAUUGUUACUUGCCUACAAUGUGACAUAUUUUGUUAUUUUAGUUUAGUGAUCUUAAUGGGAUUUUCAAUACUAGAAGUAUUAAUUUAAAAAGCUGUUGUAUGACAACUACACUGGGACAAAUAUAACUUAUUAAAUACAAAAAUAGGUUAAUAUAAUGUUGGAAUGUAAAUAAUGAAUGUAAAAACUUGAAUAUUAUAAUAUAAAAUAAAUAGUAAUUUUAUGUAAGGGUGUAAAAUUGUUAACCAUUGUCCUUUACUACAAAUCUAAAGCAAUAGAUAACUGAAGAAUAAUAUUUUUGUACUACACUUUAGUAAAAUACAGAAUUGUUUGCUCUCAAAAUGUUUUAAUAUGUAUAUUGUUACUUCAGAACUAGGUUUUAUUUAGUAAUAUUACAAUCAAUAUUUCUCUUUAAAAUGUCAUUAGAAACAACAAAAUCCUUACUAGAUUGAAUAGUAAUGUUAGAAGUGACAAUUUUUUAUUUGUAUUUACUGAAUUAUAAUUAAAAUGUUUGACUUAUAA